ACAGCGCUGGCUCAGCACAAAGCAGGGCAGCACGGUGUGUCCCGGCUGGGAUGGAGGCUGGGGACGAGAAGGAGGAGAGCCCACUGCCCGCGGCGCUGGGCCGCUUCCAGCUCUCCGAGGAGUACGGCUUCCUUCUGCCCAGCCCUCUGGUAGGACACGGCCGUGCCCUCGCGUGGCAGAUACUGGGGUUGGUGAGCGCCGUGCUGGUUGGGUUGACACUCAGCAGUGCUUUACAGUAGUUUAUAGAAGCAAUGAGGAAUGCAUGCGAGGCUUUGGCUUAGGCAGAUUCAUAGGACAAAUUCCUCACUUUAAAAAUGAUUGUGCUGGCUGCAACAAACGGCACAGGGGAGAGGAGCAGGAGCUUUGCUAUUCAGAUAGUGGCUGUGGAUUUACAGCACUCUAUACGAGGACGAGGAGGGAAUUUAGAUGGCAAAUCUCCCGUGCUGCAAGCGGUGCCAUUUGUCACCGGGCGCAGUUUGCAGCGGGAGCUCUCAGGGACAGGCAGUUUAUCGGCCAUUAGUUCACAAUCACACGGGCUGGUAUUACAAGUGGAGGAACCAGACACGAGCCAUUAGCUGCAAUUUGAGGGCUGGACGGGGUGCUCCUGUUCCUUGUCACAGAACCUUCUCCCGUGCAGUGCAGCACUGCCCUGUGCACACCUGGCACUGCCAUUGUGCUCCCUUUCUGUGACCUGCAGCUGCUUCGCACUGCAGCCCAACCAGGAUGAAGCGGCUGUGUCCAGGUGUAGACUUGCAAUGACCAAAAUCUUUGCCCAGGGCUGUGCUUAUCUCCCAGCCCUCUGUGCCCUGAGCAGGAUCAAGCUCCCAGCCUCAGAACAGACCCAUGCAUCUCGCUGGUCCCCAGUAUGUGAUGUGCUGACACCCUCCCUCCUGCCAUCUCCCCAGACAGAGCUGCCACCUUCCUACAGCGUUUGGAUGGACAUUGCCCAUGAGCUGCCCCAGCUGAUCGCCAGCCGCCAGCUCCGUGCACGCAUCCACCAGAUGCCACAGCUGAACACUCAGCACCUCCGAGGACGUGAGGAGCUGCACCUGGCCCACCUGGUGCUCAGCUUUCUCACCAUGGGCUAUGUCUGGCAGGAGGGCGAGGAGGGCACCAUGAAGGUGCUGCCCUGCAACCUGGCUGUCCCCUUCUGGGAGGUGUCACAGACCCUGGGGCUGCCCCCCAUCCUCACCCACGCAGAUUUCGUCCUGGCCAACUGGAGGAGGAAGGAUCCCAGCGGGCCUCUGGAAAUUGAGAACCUGGAGCCCAUCAUAUCACUGCCUGGGGGAGAGAGCCUGCGUGGAUUCAUCCUGGUCACACUCCUGGUGGAGAAAGCAGCCCUGCCUGGCAUCAAGGCCACCAUUCAGGCCGUUCAUGCCCUCCGGCACCUUGAUGAUGAGCUCCUGCACCGAGCCCUGCAGGGGUUGUCAGCAGCCAUUGGAGACAUGGACAAGGCCCUGCAGCAGAUGCACGAUUACGUGGACCCAGCAGUAUUUUACACUGUGAUCAGGAUCUUCCUCUCUGGCUGGCGGGACAAUGCAGCCAUGCCCCACGGGCUGCUCUACGAGGGCGUCUCCGAGCAGCCCAUGGCGUUCUCAGGAGGCAGCGCAGCACAGAGCUCCGUGCUCCACGCCUUCGAUGAGCUCCUGGGGAUUCAACACAGCCAGGAGAGCACCGCGUUCCUGCACAGGAUGAGGGACUACAUGCCCCCUCCCCACCGCGCCUUCAUCAGGGACAUCAGCCGAGCGCCUUCCCUGCGGCAGCACAUCCUCAGCUCUGCAGACCCACAGCUCCGUGAGGCGUUCAACCACUGCGUCACAGCUCUGGCUGACUUCAGGUCCCACCACAUCGCCAUUGUGUCCAAAUACAUCGCUGUGGCCAAGGCCAAGGCCGGGCAAAAGGAGGCUGGUUCCAUUGGGAAGCCCCCGGCUGCGCUGGAGGCCAAGGGGACCGGCGGGUCACACAUCUUCAUCUUCCUGAAGAGCGUCAGGGACAGCACCAGAGAGGGGCUGAUCAGUGCCUGAUGCCUGGCAUGGUGCCUGCUGCGCCGUGCAUGGAGGCAGCGCUGGAGGCCGGGGCUGCAGCCCCUCCUGCUGAUGCAGGUCUCAGCUAACUCCUCCAUCCCUGCCUGCCCUGCAGCAUCUCUCCCGGGUUUCAUUAUUCCCUGCUGCACUGAACACCAGCCUGCCUGAGGGAGGAGAGUGCUGCCAUCCGUCACCCCAAAGCACACAGGGAGCACCAUCCCAAGGCACCAGCAAGAUUGUGCCACCCGAUGGCCUCUGUGAUGCUGGGACUGGGGCUCUGCUGCAGGAAUAACACGGUCUAAUAAAGCUGCAGCUCCUAGGAACGAA